AUGUGGUGUAUUGUUUGUUUGGCAUUUGAGGUUGGUGACGCGGGCUGGACAUGUGGCUGGCACGAGACGCCUCUUGGUCUGAUGAUUCGCACGGACAUCGUCAUCAUCAUCUUGCGAGCACAGCAGCCUGUCACCAUCAAGUACACCGGGCUACCACAGAUACAACUGGAGACCUUCUCCUCGAUUCUAAAAGGCACAAGUUUUCCUUAUGUCACACCGUCUCAGAAUAUUCCUCAGAUAAGCUCCGAUAAUGAAGUACCAUUAGAAAAGAGCACUCAAAAUUUCUUCCCAUGUGAAAAGAGGAUAGAUAAGCUUUAA